UACUCAAUUACUAACAAAGUUCAUUCGAAGUUGAAAGUAACUGUUACAUUAGUGAUUCAUUUUUUUGUUUCAGUUAUUAUUUAUUGUUUAUUUUUAUAAUGUUUUAUCAUACACUUGUUUUAGGCAGGAAAGGACCUCUUGCUAAAGUUUGGUUAGCUGCCACUUAUCGGAAAAAGUUGUCCAAAAAAGAUAUAAUCAAUGUCAAUGUUGCUGAAUCAGUUGAAGCCAUUCUUUGUUCCCGGGUUUUAAUGUCUCUACGACUCUCUUCUCAUCUUUUAUAUGGUAUUAGUUAUCUGUUUAAUCAACAAGUUUCUUACUUACUGUCUGAUGCUUUGCAGUAUGCCUAUCAUGUUCCACAAUUUAUUGAAGAACAAGGAAUCGAUUUGCUCGACCAAUCAACCCGUGAUAUCAAUUUGAGUGAUGAUAAUUUAGAUUAUGAGUUGCUUCCUGAGAGUUGUGGUGCCUCUGAGUUCAAAAUAAUAAAUGCUACUAAAACUCGUAUUUUAGGAGAUUUAGCUGAAGUUAUUAGUGAAGAGUUUGAGAGUUUAGAUGUUCUCAGAAAUGACAAUCUUCUAAAUGAAUCAAUUCACACGGAUGAAAUCCUGUUUGAAGACAGAGUUUUCACAGAUGAUGGCUUUGGUGGAAAUCUGGAUCAAGAUCCUACAACCGUUUUCGAUAUUCAUGCACCAUCAACGAGUAAAGCUGCCAAGAAACGUUCAGGUCGAUCACAAGAACCAGUGCAAGACGAGCGUCAGGAGAAUAUUGAAGAACAUCAUCCGACUGUUGAUGAUAACAUAACUGAAAAUAUUGAAAAUCUCGGGGCUGGCCCUGAUAUUGUUGUUGACUUUUUUGAUUUACCAACACAACCAACUCCUGCUCCUGAUGUACAAGAAGACCAUCCAGAGCAGCCUUCUGACGAAGCUUUAAAUGUUGACAAUCUCGAACCGGUGGCCGGUCCAUCAAUGGAACAAGCUCGACGACCUAGCACUUCUAGAUAUUCAAGAUUGGAAUUGAAUGACGAGGAAUUAGUUUUAGAACCACUUGACGAGUCACAUAAACGAACUAAAAGAAAGAAAGCUAACAUAGUAUUGAUUGAUGAAGUCACUUCUAUACCACGAGCUAGAAUGAUGGGAAAUUUUCGUGAUGCCUCGGAAUCUAUUGGACGUGAACGUGCUCCUUCUACUAAAUUUUUAAUGAUGACAAAGGCAAGCGGAACUGAUACAGUUUUGUUGAACAAUCCAUCUACUAAAUAUGUAUCGUCAAUUGCCUUAGCGCUUUUCAAAUCAUGUCUCAAAAUGGAAUCAGAUAGUAAUGAUGAUGAUGAUGAUGAUUUACUUCCAACCCAAGACGCAAAUCCCACCGAUGCUGCUCCCGAUCAAGAAAUCCCUAAUGAAGAAUUGCCUAGUGUUUUAUUUGAAGAGGAAAUAAAUGAUUUACCGCCACCUGAUAUACCUGAGGAACCAAUCCCUGAAGUUCCAGUAGUGGAGCAAGAAAAAGUAACAGAAAGUGAGCCGACUGCUAGAGUGGGCCUGAAAGAACCUGUACCUGAAUCGCAAUCUUCUCAACCAUCUCAGGAAAGAGGCAGCCAACGUCGCAGAAAACGUCGACGUUUAUCACAAGAGCAAGCUCGUAGAGGAACUAUAUAUGAACCAGAGAUUUUACCUAGAGAAUCCAUCAUUGAAUUUGAAAAAACUCACAUGGAUGUUGAUCCACCCGAAGAAGUUCCGCUCUUUUCACAAAGCCAAUCAGAAUUUUCAUCUACACCUGAAGAAGGGAUUUUGUCUCAGCUAUCUCAGAGUCUAUCUGAACCUGUCUCCUUUUCUCAGUUGACUCAAGAUUGCAACAGGAAAAAGGCUGCUUUGACCUUUUUCCAGCUUUUGGCUCUUCACAAAAGAUGUGUAAUCAUUCUCGCACAAGAACAAUAUUAUGAGGAGAUUUACAUAUCAAAAGGACCCAACUUUCGAGGUACUCUUGAUGUUUAUUAGACAUGGAAAAAUCGUUCACGUAAACUGGUCAUUUCUGUAAAGUUUCCUAUCAAAUGUUCAAACGACAAAAGUGAAUUUUCUAAUCAAAUAUUUUACUUUAUUUUUCAUAAAUUCUUCAAUUUAUUCCCUGUUUAACAUCAAUUUUUAUUUUAACUUUUAAUUGAGUUAAAAAGUUAAAAUUUUUUGUCACUUCUUAAUAAAAAAACCUUA